CAAUCCCAAACAGAUAUUUCUGACCCAUUUGUUGGUUGCCACUUGGCCAGGUCCAGUCACGUGAGCCAUGUAAGGUGUUCCUGCCCAGCUUCCACAGCAGUUUCAGACCCCUAACCUCAGAUGUUGAGGCGCUGAUCUUGACCCGUUGUUUUUGCUCGACAGUUAAUGGGCGCUGUGAAGGUCCACGAAGAUCCGGCAACAUGGCGGACUGGUGUGAGCCGAGCACUGUUUACUGACGUCAUACGCAGCAGAAAGCACGAUUUUCUACAGUUUAAGAAAAAGUGAAGACGGAAGCUGGGCUCCACAAUGAUGUCGCAGCCGUCCUGAUGCGUCCAGGGCGGAGUUGGAGAGCGCAGGUUCGGGUCUCGAUCCCGUGAGUCCGGUUCCUGUGGAGGGUGCUGGUGUCGAGGCGCUUCGCCCUCCGCCACCGCGGAAGAAGCCCGCUGGACUCGGCUGGAGAGCUUUUAAGUGGCGUGGUUCCACCCCGUUGCAUUGUUCGCUUCAACCAAAGUGUUCCCUCUAAUUGCAUUCGGAAUUUGGGUGUCAUUUUUGCCGUCUUCUGGAAUAAAGGGGAGCAGCUUCCUUUGGCUGUUGAAGAAGCCACCGUUACAUAUGAGGUGACAUCCAGCGUGACGAGUACUGUGGAGGACCAUGGAGCCUGCAGAGGAAGACCAGCCGGCCCAAAAGGCUGCACAUCGACCAGAGAAACAGUCUGAGGAAGCCCACGCAAAUGAAGAAAAGCCUGUGAUGCAGCAUUGGGAUUUAACGCCCAGCUCCAGGGGUCGCCUGCGCAGGACGAACCCCAAAUAUUCUGCCUAUGAAACAAAGGAGAUGGACGAUGAAGAACUAGAUAAACGUUCAACCAAAAGCCCUCCGAAAAAAGAGACUCCUGCAAAGACUCCGAAGAGGCGAGGGCAGCGCAACAAGUCCAUGCAUGUGGCUGCAGAUGGGGACCAGACAUCUGCGAGUGUCCCGGUGACACCCGGAUCAGAUGGCUCGACGGCAGAUGGUGCUGUGCAGGAGACCAACGGUACACCGAAGCCCAAGAGGAAGUACGUUCGUAGGAAAACUUUGCCAAAGGAUGAGGUGGUUUUACCGCCAGAAAGUGACGUAGUGAAGGAGGAGGACGACGAGGUCGAAACCGGGUGUCGGCGCAGGAGGGGAGCGGCCAAAAAAGCGAUGCAGUAUCUUCGCACGCUGGCGAGCGACGAGUUGGACAUCCCUCAGGUGGAGUCCACGGUUGACGGUGAAGCUUCCGCAGCAGAGGAGGAAAAGAAAUGUCCAGCACGACGAAGAGGUCGAAAGAGCAAACAUAGUGAGGAUGAAAAUGCAGACGACGACUUCAUCCCCGAAGCAGAUGAAGAGGAAGGCGAGGAAGAGGAGGACGACGAUGACUUCAACGAAGAAGAGGAGGAGGAGGAGGAAGCUGACCAGGACUUGGAGUUGUGGUCGAGUCGCAGGAAGACAGCAGUGUUCCAUGGCAGCUCUGGUACCUCUGAGUCCAAUCCCAAGUUUGUUCAGCAGGUGAAGAAAAUUGUCCUGGAGAACUUCACUGUCACCAAAAAGUUCCGCAAGGUGCAUCACAGCGACUGGGUCUUCCCGGACUGGCUCCCCUCCACCCACAGCUGGACCCUCGUCCCACAGAGCGAUGUGAAGAACUACCUCCCCGAGGAGCUUCAGUCGGCUGCGUUCAAAGUGUCCCGAGAGGGAAUUCAACAGGAGUCGGCUCCGGAAACUCUGAGGCGGUUCGGUUCUGUCCCGCCGAACAUGGAUCGCUGGGACAUGCAUUUGUUCACCGGGGGGCCGGUGUGGGCAAUGGAGUGGUGUCCAACACCAGAUGGCGCUGUUGCCUCUCAGUUCCUCGCUAUCGCCUCACACAUGAAGAUGGAGGAGCGACACAUGUACCACAGAACCUACUCUGGAGUGGGACUGGUCCAACUGUGGGACCUGGGACAUGUUCAGUACAACCACAGGCCAGAGUCCCAGCCAGUGCUGGCCUAUGGUUUGGCCCAGGACAAAGGCUUCAUCUGGCAGAUCAAGUGGUGUCCGUCUGGCUGCUGGGAGGCUCCACACUGCAGCAAGAAGGCUCCUCUCCUGCCCAGACUGGGUCUCCUGGCCGUGGCCUCAUCCAACUGCGUGGUGACCAUCUACAGCCUCCCUCACCCCAACACUGGGCUCCAGAGUCACACGGUCACAGAUGACAGCAGUCCUCCCAUAUUUAAGGCCGAGGGCAUAGUGACCCUGAAGCUGGGCUCUCUGAAAUCCCCUCGCCUGGAACAGAGCGGCCAGGUCCUGUCCAUGGACUGGCUGAACACCAAGCCUCAUGACAUCAUGGCUAUUGGAUUCUAUGACGGCACCGUGGGUCUGUGGAGCCUCACCAGCGCGUCGGCACUGCUGAGGGUGCGAGAGCCGGACAACUCGCUGAGCCUGCUGCCGUACCGAUGCUUCCUGGCUCACGACCGGGCCGUGCGGGCGCUCAGCUUCUGUCCCGCCAGCAGGAAUCUGUUGGCGACAGCCGGAGAAGACCGCUACAUGAAAACCUGGGACCUGAACAGACUGUACAAUCCUGUCACAGCCACCAAGAGAUGCCUCUCCAACGAAAUACACUGGCCUUUGAACGCACCAGGGAUCAUGUUCUCCCAGGAAAACGGCUACAGCCCGGUGAGCUCUCAUGGGGUUCAUUAUUACGACCAUCUGAUGGGGUCCCUCUUCCCCAUUCCUCGCUCGGGCACCGUGUGGUCGAUAUCGUUCAGUGACUGGCUGAAUUCUCUGGUGACGUCUGACGUCCUGGGCGAAGUCAUCCUGGCCAUCCUCCCGCCGAUCAGCAUCUCCCCCCCCAACAUCAAGCGCACCAUCGAGCGGCGUGUUCCGCUCUACCUCUCCUCCAUGGUUCCUCACCACGCACCCCGAGGGGAGAAUGGAGAGGAGAGCGAAGCAAACCGCAACCAUGCGGAAGAGACAUCGUGGAAGCUGCCGUCCUACAGAGAAGCAGCGCAGAAGUUCUACCUGCAUCUGACGGACGUCAACAUGGAAACUCUGACCAAAAUCACCAAACGCCCUCUGUGGACUCGCAUGAAGCAGACAGAGAUAAGGGGGAAGAUGGAGCCAGACCAGUUUCCUCUGUCGGCCUUGCACAAGGUGCGCUUCAGUCCCAAUAUGGCGUCCCAUCUCUGGCUGGCUUCUGGCGGACAGGCUGGGCUGGUGAGGCUCAACUGCCUGAGGAGCAUGUGCCACCCCGAGAUCUUGGCCGUGAUCCGGGGGAGCCAGGUCCACCGUGGGUCGCCCUUGCCUCCAGAAGCUGAGCAGCUAUAGCAGCAGGAGACCCACACUGACGCCCACAAACAAACCCGCACCUGCCACGCGAGGACGCCGUCGAUCAUGCACUGACUCAUGACCUUUGACCCUGGAGGAGGAUCUUGUUUUGGCGUCACUGACAGUUCUAAUCAGGUGGUCGGGUAAGGUGAGGUGAUUCCUGCGGCUUCAUGUCUCCACGUCCAGAUACUUGAAUGUAUAAAUGCAGUGAUUCAUCUGACAUAUUGUUUUCGGGUUUUAAAAGUCAAAUGUUGUGGGUUUGUUAUUUUAAAGAGAAAUAAAGUUGAUACAGCGCUCUUCUUAAAUGCUG